AUGGAGGAAGUGCCGGCAAGUCCCGUUGCAGUGAAGCGCAAGAAAUUCCGUCGCAAGUUAGGCUCAGUGUUUAAACGAUCCAAAGAAACAGUGGGUUGUGAAAGUUUCAUCGAAGAAUCAUCGUGCGAACAACUAGCGGAGAUGUCUACUAGUGCGUAUAUGGAUGUAACUGAAAGUGAAACAUGCAAGCGUAAACUAUCCACAUUUUACUAUAAUGAAAAUAUCGAUGAAGUAAAGACGGCAAAAGCAAACCCAUUGGCUUCUGCUAUAUUGUUGGAAAAAGCUAGCUCCGUACAGGUACUGGGUCACAUUCCAUCAAGUGAAUUCAUUGCUUCUUCCAAUGAAGCGUUCUUAACAGUGGGCGAACUAGCCAGACGAACUGGAGCCAGUUGUAAAAGUGGAAGUGUGAACCCACAAGAAGCCACAAAACCGCAUAAUUAUAGUUUCACCCAGAUGGAGAUCGACACACAAAUGAUCGAUAUAUUCGAGGCCGCUGAACUGUUGACGGGGUCUGCUAAAGUUAAUCCGCAAUCAAAUCCGAUCACUGAUAAAGCACCGUACUGUGCUGAUAAUAAAACCCCUACAGAGCUAUUCAUCAAUUAUGAUCAUGAUCAAACACCUUCAACCGUGCUGAAAGAUCUAGAUGCAGCAAAAAGUACCCGUACCAUAGUACAAACAAUAUUGGAUGAUUUUACGCUUGAUGAAAGCGAACAGUGCUCAUUAGAGGUCGAUUUUUCCAUCAUCAAAUCGGAAAAUUUGCGAAGAAGAUUAAUUCAGUUGCGUGAUUUAAUCGCAAGUCCACCAAAACCCGUGAAGCGCGACCUGAGUUGUCGACAGUACGGGCGAAGGAAGCAGAAAAAGAAGGAGAAAUUGCUAGCACGACGGUUAAGCUACGACACGGAUGAUUCGUCCAAGGAAGGCCAACCGUUGAGUGACGAUGAGUCUGGAACUUCCACCGUACACAAUACAACCGAUAAUAGCGACUGUGACGUUUCGAUGGAUGGGAUGGCUCUGAACGAAAGUGUCCUUAUUCAAGCAAAUCUUACGCAACUUUCCGCAUUCUUUUCGCAAGCAGGUACGAGCCAGGACAGAGAAUGCGGGGAACGAAACAGUCGAAAGGAAAACAAAUCGACUUCUCUCGAUCGGGAGUCAUCAUUUUACGGAUUUGCUUCUCCUAUUUCGUUGCCAUCAGAUAGAUCAUGUUCUCCCAAGACUAUUCGUUUAAAUUUUACCUCUUUGAGCGAGAUGGAUGAUAAAAGUUUACACGCAGCAGAUGAGCUAAACGCGGGCAGUGUUGAAGAACCAAUCACCAUGGAGCAACUGCUGGAAGAUGAUGAAGAUCUGUUCAUGUUAGCACAUCAUUCGGUGGACAAACAGCAGAAGGAACCUUUAAGAACCCAUUCAGAUGCUAGAACAAAUCCUGUCGAAAGAGGAAUCAGUCCGGAAACUACUGGGGUAGUUGAUUCCCUGCUCAACUUCAACAAAAUACCUGAUGGUACUUCGAUAGAUGACUCUGAUGAAGUAUUACUGAAAGCUCAGGCUAUGUUUGCUGAAGUGGAGGCUGAGCAUAAACACAAUCAAAUACAUUUAGUCCACAAGAGUAUGAUUUCAUCAAACACUGAUGAGAUUAGUUUAAACAAAUUCAAAGCACCCGUCGCCACUAAAACGUCAAUGAUAACGUUCAUGGACGAAAAUCAUGCACUACCUACGAAUACACCCUUCAGUGGAGGAUUUAGUACGGCUGGUGGAAAUAUGAUUGCUAUAUCGAAAAAGGCUCUGGAAAAAGCUCAGAGCAUGUUCGCCGAAGAAGAAGCAAAGCUUCAUCAAGAAAAUGAAUCAGUGGAAGCUGAGCCACAUUCAACAGCUGUUAUUAGUAAACCUAGUCGAGCUGGUUUUACCGGAGGAUUCAGUACUGCUGGCGGCAAUUCUAUAUUCGUCUCGAAGAAAGCUCUCGAAAUGGCACAGAAAACGUUUGAUGAGGAAGAAUCGAAAAUGGAGGGUGAAACCACAACCCCAAACGUAGUUCCAUUUCACGAAUGUUUCUUCAGUACUGCCGGUGGUAGUAAGAUAUCUGUAUCGGAUAAGGCCUUACAAAGUGCCCAGGUAAUGUUUGCCGAAGAAGAAGCUAAAAGCUUCGAAAAUGUGCCAACUAUUGAAUCGAUCGAACCACCCGCAUUUGGCGGAGGUUUUAUAACAGCCAAUGGCAAUAUGAUUGCCGUUUCGAACAAAGCUCUUGCAAAGGCACGCGAAACUUUUGAUGAGAUUGAGCGUAUGGCGGACACUGACGGAGAUGCUAAUGUGCCAGGUGGCAAUAUCGAGAGUAUACCAGACAAAUUACAAGCAGAUGAAGAAUCUAUACAAUGCCACAGAAAGAUCGUUGAAGGAAACAUCAGAUCCGCUUUUGUAGGAGCGUUUAGUACAGCUAGUGGCACCUCAAUAACAGUCUCCAAAACUGCUCUAGAAACGGCACGACAUUUAUUUGACCAAGACGACUUGAGUGUGGACAAAGAGAACCUACCGUAUAAUGGGGGAUCUUUCAAUGGAGGGCUUAGUAUUGCUAGUGGUAGCAAGAUUUCUGCAUCCAAAACUGCACUCGAAAAAGCACACAAAAUAUUCGCCGAAUUGGAAGAUGUUCAUUCUGCUGCGGAGCGUAAGGAUGAUGAAACGAAACGAAUUAAUUUCGGUGGAGGUUUCAGCACAGCGGGUGGUAGCUCAAUUACUGUUUCUAAGGAAGCCCUUGAAAAGGCACAAAUAGCGUUUGACCAACACGAGACAGAUGCAAUGGUCGAUAAAGAAAACAUUGCCAGUAAUGUUGCAGCUUUCACGGGUGGCUUUAACACAGCAAGCGGUGGUACAAUUGCCGUGUCGCUGAAAGCAUUAGAAAAUGCCAAGAAAAUGUUUAUUGAAGAUGAAAAUGAGAUGAUUCCCAACGAAAUCUCAGAAUCUGGAACCAAUGCUACGGUAUCGAAUAAACAAUCCCUCGAAAAAGUUCUGGUAAAUUUUGCCGAGAAAAAUGUGCUUGCUCACGACGCUUCAAGAUCGGUUGGAAUGCAUUCGUUUCCUAUGUUCAAUCGUGCAAGUGGAGCUCGCAUAUCGGUAUCAUCAGAUGCUCUUGCAAAGGCGAAACAACUAUGGAAUGAAUUAGAUGUUGAAGACAAAGAUCUUAUUCCUCCAACUGACGGUUGCCCUACCGAGGCAAAGCAUUUGGAAGUCGCAAAUGAUCAAGAUGAAAACUGUCGUAAACGGAAGCUAUCACUUUCGGAUGAAGAACCGACACUAACUCCAACGAAGAAACAACGCAUAAAUCAUCUUCAGCCAGUGUUUCAAACUAGCACACCAGCAGCACCGAUUAUAGCCACGAAAAAAGCGGAAUCGUCCGAAGUAUCCGGGAAGCCCACGGGUGAAUCAACAUCCGCACAAGAUGUGGAUGAAUUUUUUGCACAACUCGAUGAUAACGAAUUUCAGGAACUAUUUGCUGGCCAACAAACGGUCGGAAGGAAGCAUAAUAAGCUGCUUUCUAAGUUUGAGCAAUGCUCCAACACGAAACCAAUCAAACCUCCUACCAAGCUGACCGGUUCCGAUUGGGAUGAUAGUUUUACGGAGAUCAUACCUAACCUUCCUGCGUCGGAUGAAUCGAAUGUGAAUCUUGCGCCAACUUUCCUUAAACCACCAGAAGCGGUACAACAGCUACGCAGGGAAGCUUUACAGCAACAGCUGCAGUACAUCGAAAGUAAACCGGAAGAUGCGUGCAAACCACGAUUGUUCGAAUUUUGUAGCAAAAAAUUACAAAAGGAUCGUGUUGGAUUGAAGGAGUUCGUAGAAGGAAACGGUCCCCAGUUAGCACAAACAUCCAUUCGUACGAUGAAUGUGACCCAGGAAAAUGUUAUGCAGUUUCGUUUCAAUGUGGCAGAUUAUUAUGGGGAAACCUUUAGUAAUAGCAACGCAACUGGUAUUUCCAUUGGAACGAAUGGAAAAGAAGGUUACUUACUGAUGGAUGCCAACUCAACGCUUGGAGUGGAAGAGUUCAAGCAUUCAUUUUUCGCCUCGCCUGGCAUUGAUCCUCGACUCGUGCCACAAGGAUGGAUCGAAAACGGAUGGCGCUGGAUCGUGACCAAACUGAGUGCUUUGGAGCGUAAUUUUAGCACCUACUUCCAGGGUGCCCUAUCGCCGGAAAAUGUGUUCCACCAGUUGCAGUAUCGAUAUUAUGUAGAAAUCGAUUCCGCACGACGACCGGCUUUGAGGAAAAUGCUCGAAAAAGAUGAUAUUCCAAGCCGUCGAAUGGUGCUGUUUGUUGCAAACGUGUUUCAUAAUGUUGGACCGGUCGGCACGGAACUGGAACUCUCCGACGGAUGGUACAGUGUGCGUACCGAGAUUGAUCCUCCACUAGCGGAGGCUGUACGCUGUGGUAAAAUUGCGAUCGGUACCAAACUAAUGAUUCAGGGUGGGGAACUGUUAAACCACAAGGAUGGUUGUUCGCCGCAAGAAAUACCGCAGGACGUGCGGUUAAAAAUCUGUACUAAUUGCACGAGACGAGCCCGAUGGUCUGUGAAGUUGGGUUACUUCCGAUGUCCAGUACCGUUCUCGAUCGAGUGCAACGCCAUCCACGAACGGGGUGGUUUGAUCGCUCGUGUUCGGGCGAUCAUCGUCCGAGUGUAUCCACUGAUGUAUGUAGAAAAGUCUUCCAACGAUGCGCAAGGAUCGGUUCUACGAUCGGAGCGCAUGCAGCUAAGGCACAGCAGAAGGAACGAUGCGAACCAAUUGGAAACGUUGCACAAACUGUACAACCGUGUGCAGGAAGAAAUUGAACGGGAACGGGCGGCUGUAAAUUUGAACAAAAACAUCCGUGUGACGGAGAGUACAACAACCGCUGAACUACAGGAGUGUCUUGAAAAUGGGCUCGAUGUUUCGUUUCUCGAUAUCGAACUUACACACUCUCAACAACUUGUGAUAGAACAGUUCCAGCAGCGAAAACAGGAAGAACUGCAGAAUGAAAUCAAUCGGCGAGUGAAGGCUCAGCUUGAUAAGAAUGUUGGUCGUCCAACGGUUACGGCUCUACUUAAAGUCCGGCUGAUGGAUCGCUUGCGGCCGGAACGAUCGUUCCUACUCUCGAUUUGGCGUCCCAUUGACGAAGUACGCCGUGUGCUGCAGGAGCAGCGCUUAAUCGAGUUCAGUCAUCUGACAGCUCAUGGGACAAAGAAUAACGAUGUACAGCUCACAGCUCAUAAGGCCAGUACGUACAGAAGAGUUCCACUGGUAGAAGGACACGAACUUCCAUCUGUGCAUCAGGGGCCCUUUUUUCGUACCAUUACUCCCAUCGGUACGAUUGAUGGCAUAAACUUUCGUCCCUCGUUCGGGGAGUUUGAUACGAUCGGUGUGGUUGUACUCGUCGGGACGGCCGAAUCGAAAAAGUUCCAAUCGAUCUAUCUCGCCGAUACGGCAAUGGAUUUGUUGUGCAUCAAUUUCUGGCACGGGUUGACCGAGUAUGCCUAUGACGAUGUGAUCCGGGAGCGUAAGAUCCUUUGCGUAGCUAACCUACAGUGGCGUACGUUCAGCCGUCAAACACCAGGCAUACCGCAAUCGUUUGCUACCGAGUUCACGACCUUUAUUGAAAAUCCUCGCGAAGCGCUACUGCGCGGUGAAAGAGAUCGAUUCCAGCUGCAGUUAGAUGCGAUCGAGCAGGAACAGUUUUUCCAACGCUGCCAGGAACGUGUUGGUGAGCUGCUGAUGAACUCUAGCACCGGCAGCAUCGGAACGCCGUACCUACAGCGGUCAGUGAGCAGGUUGCAACAUUCAACCCCGCUAGGUGGCAACAGUACCACGAAACGGAAAAUCGAAACGCUAGCAUCGAUCUACGCGAGUCCACCGAAAAUGUCGCCAAUUGCGAUAGGGCGGAAUCCGAAUCUUCGCCGGGGAUUCAAAACACCGGCCCGACUGGAAGAAGAGACGGGAGAUCGUGAGAAUUGA